AAUACCCAUAUUGAUAUAUUUUUGGUUUUCAGACCUUUAAUCAACAAUGGAGACAGGGGAGAAUAGUGAGUGGUUAUAUGAACUACUGACAGAGGUGCAACUAGACCAGUUCUUCUCCAAACUUAGAGAUGAUCUUCAAGUUACAAGGAUUGCCCACUUUGAUUAUGUGAAGACAGAGGACUUGGAGAAGAUUGGUAUGGGUAAACCAGCUGUACGUAGACUAAUGGACGCUGUCAAAAGAAAGAAAACUACUGUUACUAAAAUUUUACCAAAAGUACCAGAAAAGACUGGCAGUAAGAAGUCAGGAAGUGGUUCACCACGGUUAUCAGGUUACAUGGAUCAAGCACUGACCUGCCUCAUAGCCGAGAACUCUCUCUUUAUAUAUGGUAAAAUUGGUAAUGGGAGUUUUGGUGUGGUGAAGAAAGGUGAUUGGACAACACCAUCAGGUCAAAAGAAAUUAGUAGCUGUAAAAAUUUUACGAAAUGAUGCAUUAGCGUUACCUGGAGCGUUUGAAGAUUUUGUGAAGGAAGUUAAUGUCAUGCAUCACUUAGAUCAUCCUAACCUCAUCAGGUUAUACGGCAUUGUCCUGUCUACACCUCUCAUGAUGGUAACAGAGUUAGCUCCCCUUGGUGCUCUCAUAGAUUUCAUGCGUAAGGAGCAGGACAGGAUAUUGGUGUCGGAACUGUGUGACUAUGCCGUACAGGUGUCACAAGGAAUGAACUACCUAGAAACAAAGAGGUUCAUACAUAGAGAUCUGGCCUGUAGAAAUGUAUUACUUAUGUCGCGAGAAAAGAUAAAAAUAGGAGAUUUUGGAUUGAUGCGUGCAUUACCUAGUCAAGAAGAUCACUAUGUGAUGCAGGAACACAAGAAAGUGCCUUUUGCUUGGUGUGCUCCAGAGAGUUUGAAAUCUCGUCAGUUUUCACAUGCUAGUGAUGCCUGGAUGUACGGUGUUACGUUAUGGGAGAUGUUUACCCUGGGACAAGAGCCCUGGCUAGGUUAUAAUGGUUCACAGAUUUUACGUAAGAUAGAUGUGGAAGGGGAGAGGUUACCUAAACCAGACUUGUGUCCUAGUGAGAUAUAUCAGCUUAUGUUGCAAUGUUGGGCACAAAAACCUGCCGAUAGACCCUCUUUCUUGGCCAUCAAAGAUUUUCUGUGUGAGGUACGUCCAAUGGAUGUCAAAGCACAACAGAGUUUCAGUGAAGACGGUAAACUGUUUGUAGAGGAGGGAGAUCAUGUGACUGUGAUUGAGGGGAGACCAGAUUGUUACUGGUGGAAAGGUCAGAACAAGCGAACACAUUUAGUCGGCCAAUUCCCUCGUCACAUUGUGAAUACUCAGCGGCGACGUUGUGCGACAGAUAUUAGUAAACCAUUAAAGAAUAGUUUUAUACAUACUGGUCAUGGGGACCCUGGAGGGAAGUCAUGGGGAAAUGCUGAAUAUAUUGAUGAGGUAUAUUUACGUAACCCCAUGGAGCCUCCUGAUCUACAUGGACAAGCCCCGCCCCCAGAUUCUCCUGAAGAUAUACAUACGGAAAAACUUAAAAAACCAUUUGGGUAUGCUUCUAGUCGGCAAUUCAACUAUUCCAAGUUUCAGAAUGAACCUAACAGUGGAGACGAACCUGUGUAUGCUAGAUCACAAAAAAAUUCCAAUGCAAAUCAAGAUAUUCGUGACCUUGAGAGGUCAUGGCCUAUGACCUCUGGACAUACUAAAGUUUACCGUAAAGAGAGCAAUGAGAAACCUCUAAUAGAUCUAAGUGACGACACUGAUGGAGGGUCAGGGGCAAAUAACUCUAAUAAAACCACUACCCCAAGUGAGAUUUCCUCCCUUUUUGACAGCUUAUUAACUGGGACAUCAUCUCAGUACGGGAACUUAAGUCUCCCACAGCCCCUGAUAAGGGAGUCUGGCUCCCAACAAGACCCUUUUGAAAUCGAUGCAGCUAGUUUAUAUAGUAGGUCAAUAAAAUCCUCGGAUGACAAUAAUAAAAUACGGCAAACUCCGCCUCGAUCAAAACCUAUAGUGUACAGACGGACAACUUCAAUAGACAGUCAACAUAGUCAAGAUAGCUGGCAAAGUUUUUCACCACCGAAAUGUACAGGUAUUAAGUUACCACCAGAAUAUAAAAAACGUGACAAUACAGCUUCUCCUGAUGCUGGUAGUGUUCAUUCCGCAUACGCUCCGGCACCGAAAGUUGAAAAUCGAGACAGGAAAGUUCGCUCAGCGAGUACCAGUCCUAAUAUUCCGUCAACUCCGACAAAAACCCAGUCUACAAAAGCUGUUCUUGAAGAGUUGUUUUCUAAAGGAAAGACAAAUUUCGCUAGCAAGAAUUUGUUAAAAAAUCAAAAUGUUCCGUGUCAAAGUGAGGCUGAUGACACACCUCAGCAGUUAAAAAAGGUUGAUAAAGCAUUUGAUUGGUUGAAUGAUGCUAUAAAUAACUUCUCUUUAAAUAAAGCUGGGAAAGCUGGUUCUGACCCGACUUUAUCAGGGAAAUCUGAUAGACCUUUUUAUGACCAAGUGCCAGAUGAAACACAGUUAUAUAGCCCAUCUGUAAGGCCUAAAGCAUAUCAACCAAUGUCGUCUGCAAAUCCUCAUAUGUCGUCUGCAAGGGGACAAUAUCCAGUUCAGUAUUGCGAAGUUCCAAUGGAAGAUGGUGUUCUAAAUAAUGAGCGACCAAAAUUCAUUCCGAAAUAUGAUGAAGUUCCAAGGUUUGAUGAUCCGAACGACGUUAAGUUACCUAUACCAAAAGAUAUUUAUUCGCCUCAGAGCACUACAUCCACUUAUUCUGACUGGGAUGAUUUUGAUUCUGAUUUCGAUGACGAAGAUGAGCAAACUGUUCGAGGAGCGGUGGCAGGAAAUGGAAUGCGCACCUCUCCUCCGCCACUUCCUCCUCGUGACUACAGUAGUCAAGGACAUGGUGAGCCAAACAUUUUUCCUAUUGUUCAAGAUGGCCACCAGUUAAGUCACACACAUUAUUUUCUCAUUCCAGCAAAGGGCGAAGAAGACUGUCCUAGCAAUACCAGACGAACCACAGCAGAAGUUCGUCCAUUUUCCAUUGAUGGCAAUCAAAUAUCGCAAGAUGAGCAAAGUGCCGCCUCUCUUCAUGAUUAUCAAAAUUUUGAAACACUACAAGUUUUACCGCGAGAAAUUUUGUCAAGAACCGAAAAAACCACACGAUCUUCUGAGGAUUUGUUCAGCAGAUCAAAACAUAGUUCCAGUCGCGAUCAUUCGUGGUCAAAUCAGAAUAUCGAUGUCACACAGUCAUACCCAAAUGCUAAUAGACAUAAUCAAUAUAAAAGAUCUUACUCACACAACCCUGAUAUUACUGCGUCUGAUGGUAACUGGCGACGUGAAAAAAUUACAGCUUUACAGGAAGCUGUAAUUGGACUUACUGAUGAAGAGUGUCAUGCAGCACUCUGUCACUGUAACGGUCAUGUUGAAAAAAGCAUAAAGCACCUGAAAAUUGAACAAUUAUUCCGACUAGGUCUGGCACCUAGGGAUUACUGUCAUGGACUUCUUGUUGACACAAGAUGGAAUUUAGAAGAUGCAAGCUCUGCUAUGUUAGAUAAUUAUAGAUCUGGGAAAAAAGUGUCAAUGGAAAGUGCUGUAUGAAAAUGAAACAAUACUAGGUGUUCUUUUUGUUCAAAGCAAUCAUCUUUUACUUUUUAGUUCAGAUUUCAGCAGAAAUGCAAGUUAACCAUAUUUGCUGUAUUCAAUGGUUCUACCUAGGUACUCUGUUGUGCCUGAUGUAAAGCAAUAAGAAUGUGUUUUUACCUUGGUCUUUCUCCGUCAGUCAAAGCUGCAGUGUAUUCAUAUGGCUAUAACAGUGUUGAUCUGGCUUAAAACACAACCAAAAAAAGUUCAGUCAUGUUUUUUUUUAUAAUUUGAAGUAUAUCUGAGGUAAUUUUGAGAGCUGAUGGCUUAUGUGAGCAAGUGAUUUAGAACAUAAAUUUCAAAUCACUUGUUCCCAAACUACUGUCUGUAAGAAUCCUGCCUGUGACAUGGUAUACUUUUUAAAUAUAUCUAAUUAGGUUCUACUCGGGUGCUUAACACCUGCACUAAAUAAUUCACAAACGGCCACUGGAAGGUUAGCAUAAUUAUGAACUUUAUAGUAAUACCAUUCUUAGGCACAAAAAAUAUAAUUUUAAUUGAGAAAGGUAUAACACCCUAUAUUAGUGAAACAUUGGGUUAGUGUGAAAUAGUUUUAAAAAGAAUUUGUAUUCAAAGGAAAUUGUAUUCAGCAAAUUGAGUUCACUACAAAGUAUUCAGAUAGUCUUUUAUAUUUAUCCAUAAAUGUUGCUUGAUAUCAAUACAUGUAUUUGAGCCGUGUCACGACAAAACCAACGUAAUGGGU